AUGUGGAACCAUCUACACCUGCAGAAGGAGGGCCAUAAUCUACACCUGCAGAAGGAGAGCCAUAAUCUACACUUGCAGAAGGAGAGCCACAAUCUACACCUGCAGAAGGAGAGCCAUAAUCUACACCUGCAGAAGGAGAGCCAUAAUCUACACUUGCAGAAGGAGAGCCAUAAUCUACACCUGCAGAAGGAGAGCCAUAAUCUACACUUGCAGAAGGAGAGCCAUAAUCUACACCUGCAGGAGGGCCAUAAUCUACACCUGCAGAAGGAGAGCCAUAAUCUACACCUGCAGAAGGAGAGCCAUAAUCUACACCUGCAGAAGGAGAGCCAUAAUCUACACCUGCAGAAGGAGAGCCAUAAUCUACACCUGCAGAAGGAGAGCCAUAAUCUACACCUGCAGAAGGAGAGCCAUAAUCUACACCUGCAGAAGGAGAGCCAUAAUCUACACCUGCAGAAGGAGAGCCAUAAUCUACAGAAGGAGAGCCAUAAUCUACACCUGCAGGAGAGCCAUAAUCUACACCUGCAGAAGGAGAGCCAUAAUCUACACCUGCAGGAGAGCCAUAAUCUACACCUGUAG